AUGCGUGAAGAUGGCAUGCAUGAGAACCCCAUGGGGUACACUUGUGAAAAGCGUGCAAAAUACAUCCAGGAGGGAGAUGCUUGUAAGGCUGCCUUCCUUGAAUGCUGUCGCUACAUCAAAGGGAUCCGAGAUGAAAACCAACGGGAGAGCGAGUUGUUUCUGGCAAGAAGUGAUUUUGAAGAUGAAUUCUUUGGAGAGGACUACAUCAUCUCCAGGUCUGAUUUUCCUGAGAGCUGGCUUUGGCUAACAGAGGACUUGAACAAGCCGCCUAACAGUCAAGGGAUUUCAAGCAAGACACUACCUUUGUAUCUGAAGGAUUCCAUCACAACCUGGGAGGUGCUGGCUGUGAGCAUUGCACCCACCAAAGGGAUCUGCGUGGCUGAACCUUAUGAAAUAACAGUCAUGAAAGACUUCUUCAUUGAUCUUCGAGUGCCGUAUUCAGUAGUGAAGAAUGAGCAGGUGGAGAUUCGAGCUGUUUUGUACAACUAUGCUGACAAGGAUAUUUAUGUAAGUUUUGGGACUGUGAAAAGAGUGCGGGUCUAGAAAUUA